AUGGUCACGUCCAACAACGCCUCGCCCUUUCUGGCAGAAGAAGAGACGGCAUCGGCCAACGAGAAGCGGCUUCACACAAUAGAAACGACACAAUACAUCAUGGAGAAACCCUCCCAAACCUCCCUGGCCUCGGCUACAGUCAUCGCUAGUACCAGCACGACGGCAGAAAACCAGACGCAGGAGCUGCACGAAAAGAACGGGCGGCUCAGCUCAGGAAGCAGGCCCGAAGGCCUGACUGGAUCCUCGGGCCUGCCGACACCCACAUCGGGCCACCAGAACCCCUUCGACACAGACGUGGAGGCCAUGAUCACACAUACCACUAGCGAGGGCACCAGCAACGGAGGCGCUGGCCGGCGAUCCAUUGCCUGUCGCGGCCUUGGCGACUCGCAAGUCUGGCCCGGCCAGAGUCACUGGAAGAAGAAGGCCAAGGAGCAAAAGAUGAAGCGGUCGUGUUCCUGUCUGUCGCGGCUUAGCAAGCGCAAUCGGCUCAUUGUCAAGGUGUUGAUCGUCGUUCUUGUUGUGGGCGUCGCCAUCGGCGUCGGCUUGGGUAUCAGCAAGCCCCUGGGUGCCCCAAUUUGGGGACAGCGCAACUCAUGA